AAAUACCUACAUACAUCCAUAUGGCAGCUGUUCUGAGGUCUUAGAACAUAGCAUUUGUUUGAACAUACAGAUUGAAGAUUGACGAUGACGAUGACGUCACCGCUUCUGUCUGCUGCGAGGAUGCAUGCAUUCAAUAGUCUUUUGCAUCCUUCCAGUGAAAUUGCGUUAAAAAAAAUUCAACAAACAAUGACGAUUAAAGAAUUGACAACUCGCUUUUUUAUUUCCAAGAAGCCUCGUGGGGACGGAAUUGAAACUAUUAAAUCGUCCUCCUUGAGUAGGAUUUAUACUCAUAGCUAACCUUCUUUACCACUGAAGCGAUCGCGAAGCGAUCGCAGCCCGGUAAUCCUUGUUGCAGAGAUGGAGUCUGACAAAACAAUGCUAUGGUCGAUGAUGGGUCUCAUGUCCCUGCAAUCCAAAACACUACCCGACCUCCUCAUACAACUUUACAAGCUCUGGAAGAAGUAUCGAAGAAAUUCGAAUGCAUACUCCAACAUAGAAAUCCCUGAAUUCCAAGAAUCCUCCCUCAAAUCUGCCAAUGAAAUAUACACUUCUGUACGAAUGUAUUUGAGCAGCCUCGAUGCAACAGCAAACGCCCGCAGAGUCUCCAUCACGCGGUCCAAACGAAAAAUGAAGCCGGUGCUUACCCUGCCCCCUGAACACACAGUGAAGGACGAGUUCAAAGGAGCCCAAAUGCAGUGGAAGCACGUUGUCGAGACCGAGGAAAAGCAAGAGAUAAGAGGAGGAAGUGACAGAAGAACAGAAAGAAAAUACAUCCUCAAAAUUUCCAACGAAGACAGAGCAAGGGUUUUAUCAUCCUACAUCAAACGCAUUUCAAAGACUGCUGACGACCUGAAGAGGCGCAGUCGAGAUAGGAAGCUCUUCAGCAACGACGGUAGAGAAAGCUCUGGGAGAUGGAGCUCAGUGGCGUUCAAGAAUCCCUCCACUUUCAAAACCCUGGCCCUUAAACCCUCGCUUAAACACAAGAUUAAGCAGGAUCUCAACUCUUUUCUGCAAAGUAGAGCUUUUUAUCACAGGACGGGCCGCGCAUGGAAGCGAGGUUAUCUUCUGUAUGGUCCUCCUGGUACAGGCAAGUCUAGCCUCAUUGCCGCCAUUGCCAAUUACAUGAACUACGAUGUUUAUGAUCUGGAGCUCACUGCAGUGUGGGACAAUUCCAGUCUCCGUCAGCUCCUACUUGCGACCUCAAGCAAAUCUAUUAUUGUCAUCGAGGACAUCGACUGUGCUGCCGAUUUACCCAACAGGGCAGUGUGCAGGGGACCCUCUGAGACUCACAAGGGCAAGUCUAAAGACACUGAACGGGGUUCUUCUACCAUUACUCUGUCUGGUUUGCUUAAUUUUGCAGAUGGGCUCUGGUCUAGCUGUGGUGAAGAGAGGGUCAUGAUUUUUACGACUAAUCACAAGGACCGACUCGACCCUGCUCUGCUCAGAAGUGGUCGAAUGGAUAUGCACAUACAUCUGUCUUACUGUGAAUUUGAGGCCUUUAAGCAAUUGGUUUAUAAUUACUUGGAUGUGGGGGAUCACUUGCUAUUUUCGUCUGUAGAAGAGAAGAUGAAAGCUGGAGGAUGCCUGACUCCUGCAGCCAUAUGUGAAAUUCUUCUUCAGAAUAAAUCUGAUCCUGAUUCUGCCAUCAAGGCUGUUAUUGAUGCUCUAGAUGCAGGGAUAUCCAGUGGAAGUGAGAAAGUGAUUGAGUCUUGUGAAGAUGAAGAUGAGGAAGAAUCGUCAUUGUCUCAGUCGUCAUCAUCAUCAGAGGAAUGAGUAGAGGUAGAGCUUUGUGGUCUGUGUGCUGAAUGAAAGUCGAUCCAGUUAGGAGUUAGAGCUUUGUGGGCUGUGUGCUGACAGUCGAUCCAGUUAGGAGUUGAGGUUAUUUUACCACUAGUUCAAGAUAAUUUAAUGAAAGAAUGCUACUUGAGCAAGUAAUUUCAGUGUUGGGAAGGUAAUCAGGCGGUCACAAACAAGAAGCACGACAAAAGUCAUGCUGAUCUCUUGAUCUAUGGUUAGUAAACUUGGGAAGCAAGAUGCGAAUAUAUAUAAUAUAUAUAAACAUAAAACUAAUCUUUUAAAGUGUCUUUUUUGAUUGAUUGAAAGGGCAACUUGAUUUUUUUAUAUUGGUUGAUUAAGUAAUGGUCAUUCAUGUCAAUAUGCUUUUGGUUUGCUGGUGAAGUUGAUUGGUUCUUAAUGUGCUCAUUGGGGAUCAAGUCUUGUUGAGUGCAAGGAUCCGACGUUGUAAGGGAUGAGAUUGAGAUCUUGCCUUGGGUGAAAUUGGUAGAAUUGAUACCCCUUAGUCCUUAGCUUUUAGCCGAAGAGGUUUUAGUCU